AUGGAAACUCCUUUCUGCUAUUGUGGGCAGGGUCGUAUGAUCCUUUUAAUGGCUAAAACUGAAAAAAAACUACGGAAAGUAUUUUUUCCGAUGUCCUGCUCGGCAACAACACCCCCGGUGUUUCAUUUGGGCGGACGAUGUUCAUCGUCAAUAUUCUUCACAACCAAGUCAGACUACAUUCCAGACUGGUCAAGUGCAGACGGCGGACAUGCAACAGAAUACUCUGAAACCGCUGGCACAUGGACGCAACCAAUGACAAACAACUCGGCGAAUACUGAUUCGGCUUGUUUACUUUUAUUUUUUGUUCUUGGACUUUUCUGUUGUGUAACCAUUGUCAAAAUUCUCGGCCUGUAA